CUGUGAUAUGGACAUGAAUUCAUCUACGACUCUAGAGAGAUCAAGGGCUGGGAGCUCAAGGAUCUUUCACAACACCGAAGUGCAGUUAUGUCUGGAUCUUGACCCGAGAUUGCGUCUCUCGACCUUCACGAGGGAGGGAUAAUGCCUCAAGCUUCUCCGAUCAUUCAUUCCCUCGAUCUCGUGAUGCGAUUCAUCGUAUUCAUUCUGAACGACUGAAGCCGGAAGUCUCAGAGGCGGAGGACAAAGACGAGAGCCCGACGGUUUCAGUGGAAAAGCUAUUUGGAGCUCUUGCCCAAUUUUGACUCCCAAUACGAUACGGGAUACGCCACAGAAAACUGGCCUCUAUGAAACAACUAUCAGCGUCUCGAUGUGCGUUGCUGUCACGUGAGAUAUGCACGGAAGCAAGACAUUGUCAAUAUCAACCUCUCUAACAGUCCAUCACGAUACUUACAGAUGGUGAGCUGCUGCUGAAGUCUUCGUCGAUCAUCUCUAGAAGAGGCACAAAAUUAACUGUGGAAAAUGUGCAGCUAUGGAGAAGCUGGAAGAUGCUCCCGUUGCCCCCGGUUGAAGUGAUCAUGCAGAGUGAGAUCUAGAUCACGCGCAUAUCAUGCCGGGAGAGCAGCCUCGACCCUUGAUGACCAAUAUAUACUCUUCAGUGCUGCCUGCCUGCCUGCCUCUCUCUCGUACCGGUCACAGAUCUACCACUGCACCUCUACAUUUCUCUUAUUCACCAAAAAUAUGAAGAUUAGGUCCUUCAUCAUCUUCUAGAUUCCUUCUCCCUUCUGCUCUCUGAAGGAAGUGAGUGACCUCGCGAAAUUAGAGAAGCCGGUCUUGAACAGUCAACAUCACCGUCGACAGAUUCAUCCAGCUUCCUGAAGAUCAAACUUGUAUCCUUCCGAGGUUGUUGAGGGGACGUCGGUACGAAAGAAGGUUAUUGUAGAUUGAGCUCAGUGAACAGACAAGAAAUGCUACUGGCGUUGGAGUGACAUAUUUUUUAAUUCCUCACGGCUGCUGCGACCAUCAUUCCAACCGGGCUACUUGAAGGACAGAUUGCAGUUUCUCCACAAUUGUGAAGGAGGUGCUUUUCGAGAUGUCUGGAGCCUUCACUGACUUACGACAUCUUCAAGCGCGAAUUCGAAACUUAAUAGAGAUGCGUCCUGAGCUCAGCGUUCGAGCUGUGGCCAAACUCACCGAAAUCGCCGAGGAGCUGGAAGAAUCGAGUCGCGUCGAGACCACUUCAGCAUCGAUCCGUUCGUCAGAUUUUGACAGAAUCACAGAUGGCUUCAAAUCGUUCAAAAGAAGGACGUACUUAAAGAAUCCGGAACUCAUGAACCAGCUCAGAACCGGACAAUGGCCCAAGUUCAUGAUCGUGGCCUGUGCGGAUUCGAGAGUGUGUCCGACAACGAUUCUGGGUCUUCAGCCGGGAGACGCCUUCGUGAUCCGAAAUGUAGCGAAUCUGGUUCCUCCGUUCGAGAAGGCAGGGAACCCGAGCGUCGGCUCUGCUGUGGAGUACGCCGUCCUGCAUCUGAAGGUCAGCCAUAUUCUUGUGAUUGGACACCGAGCGUGUGGUGGAAUCGGAGCUCUUGUGAAAAUGACCCCGGACGACGGCAAGUACUCGACACAAUUCAUCGAGAGGUGGAUGGAGAUCGGAAAGCCGGCGCGUGAAAGCAUCCACAUUAAGCAGCUCAGAGGCAAAAACGAGAAAGUCGACGACAUCUGCAAAACUUGCGAAAAGGAAUCCGUGAACAACUCUCUAGCGAACUUGCUGACUUAUCCUUUUCUGGUAGACGCCGUCAUGUCGGAUCGUAUCAGCCUCCAUGGAGGCUACUACGAUCACAUCGCCGGAACGUUUCAAAAGUGGGACUACGAUGUUGUCGAGUUUUAGGACACCGAGUCCGAGGGCUUCGCGUCAUCGCAUGCAUCAUCAUAAUCCGUCUGUCGCUCAACCAGUCAACAAAUAUAGUAGCCAAUUGUCUUAUUCGGAUGGCGAAGGUGGAAACUUGCCAGGGAUCGGGGCAUGAUCGCUCUCGCUGUAUAAACCUGCGAUCAUCUGCGAUCUGUAUAAGCCUUACGUAUGCGAGGCAUUAGGCACGAGGAGUUUAUCAGAGAAAGCUUCAUCAUGGGGCCGGGGGCUGGAAGGACAAUAAGUAGUUUGGAUCCCGAUAACCGCAUGCCUAGGGAUUCGCUCUUGCAAGGCAGGCAGGCAGGCUCCGAUUGAGGAGCUUUCAUGUGCAGUACAGAUUCAGAAGUGUAUUGGACAGAUAAUUACGGAUCAAAGCGGAGGACGAGGUCUGAUCACGAGCCUUUGAAUGAAUGAAUGUACUGACGGGUACCACAAGCUCAUCAGACAGGCAAGGCAAUACGAGCUCAUGAUUCCUCUCUCCUGGUCCGAACAACCACCGAGACAUAUCAUGUCUUCCAUGUCGAUGACAUAUUCGAGCGAGUCAAAUGAUCAUGAGGACGACAUGUUCGGUUCUUGCGCUCUGGCUGCCUGCCUCAUGAUUCUCAUAGCGUGUAUGUCUGUGCAUGAUGAGAUUUCGGCCAUGAAUUGGAAGAUCUACGCAUAUCACGUCUUGUGGGUGCUGUAC